GAAGGGCUUCUUGACGAUUCAACAUGCCGGUGUGCAAAUUUUUCCUGCAAGGAAAUUGCCGCUUCGGUCGAAGCUGCAGAAAUGAGCAUCCAACAGGGUCGGGAGGGAGCGGAUACGGAGGCGGCGGAGGCUUUUCUUCUGGCGGUGGUCCUCGAAACAGAUUUGAGGGAGGGAACCAAGGCGGCUUUGGGCGCCAAGAUUUCAGCAACGGGCAACGAUCCAAGUCAGAAGCGAAUACAAGGGCAGCACCACCAUCAGGGGAAACGGUGAAGUUCGAUCUCUUGGAGUCUGCUAGCGGUAUCUGGCCAUUAACCUCCUACGGGCUCGGUGAGAUACACCUGAUACGUGAAGCCGAUUUCUCAUUUGAGGAGAUGCGAUGGGAAUUCUAUGACGAAUUUAAGAGGACAGGGUCCGUUAACAAUGCUAUGGCCAAUUGGCAGGGAAGAUUGGCAGCGGUUGAGAAAAGGAAGCAGGAAAUUCUUCGAGAUCCGGAGGCGGCUCUGCGCGUAGCUCGCGGAGGCCAGCAGGUAACCAAUCUAAGCACGGCAUUGGGUGGUAAUUCAUUCGGGACGGCACCUAGUACCUUUAACGCCGGAGGACCUUUUGGCGCAUCCCAAACAAUCACGAGUGCUUUUGGGGGCUCAGGACAAGCUACCGGUGGUAAUACUGGGCCAUCGCACAGCGCAUUCACAAAUAGCGCAAGUAGCACUGGAUUUGGCAGUACCACAGGGGCUUUUGGCGCUUUUGGGAACGGGCAAACGAUGGGGCAGCCGACAUCAACUGGAGGAAACUCCCUCGCCGGAUUUAGCACCCUUUCCAAUAGUAACGGAAUACCGCAAGGAUCGGCGUUCGGAGUCACGAGUACAUUUGGCAGGACGCCUACGAAUAAUAAUAAUAAUAAUAAUACGGUGCUUGGACAGAAUACUUUAACAGGCACGGGCGGGCUUGGAUUUGGAAGUGUCGUUCAAGGCGGGCAUGCCUUUGGCACACAUGCAUCGAUGGCCAGUCAACCGGGAACAGGCAGCCAGUUUGGAAGCCGAGCGACAGCUGGUCUGGAACACACGGGCUUUGGAAAGAAUUCACAGGGUAGCAAUGAACAGGGUAGUGAGAUCCUAGCUACAAGUGCAUUUGCUGUACAAGGGUCAGCGUUCGCCCAACGUAGUGGGUUCGGUGGCGUUGAAAGCAAAGGGUCUCCUUUCGGACCAUUGGGAGGAAACACCGCCGCUCAGAAUGGCAAUACAAUCACCGGAACGCAACAAGCUGGGACUGGGGGUUUUGGUUUGGACAAGUCGGCUGCACCGUCGCUCAUUGGGUCUGUCCCAAAAACUGCUUCUACCUCAGCAACGGCUGGCGGCAAUUCGGGGAGAUCCGAUUCAGGACCAAAAUCUUUGAACUUCUGGUUUGAUGCCGUCCGUGCUUUGAAAGAAGGCGGUCAAGUCGAAGGAUUGGUUGAUUAUGGACUUGAUCCAAAUGUUGAAGCCACAUUUCGUUCGGCACGCUCGGAAUAUGAAAAUGCAUUCCGCUCCGCACGAUUCAAGUCGUGGCCAGGUCCAACAACCUCUGCAUCGACAUGAUGCGGUAAAGCCUUUUUUAGAUGUAUGACUACGUUUUAUGAUGAUGAAGUCCGUUGUAUAUAUUGUACAUAUUCUCAUAAUUUAAGGCGACAUCCUUCAGAGUACGCCACUUGUUCACUUGUUGCGAAACCAUGAGCGGCCUUACAUCCGUUAACCUGG